AACAUCAUUUUAUUGUGAUCCAUCAAAAAAGAAAAUAAUUUAAAAUUUAAAACAUUAAAAUUCGCCCUUUCCUUCUCUCACAGAUCAUUCUAGGGUUGCUGACAAAAGAAAGGAGCCCUAUUACCUUUUUCUCUUUCCUUUUUUGUUGAGCUCCAGCUUUUUUCUCUUCUCCUCGACGUUGAGUUCAUCCACAGAUCUGUCACAAUUAUCUUCUGCUGAGAAAUUCCUGAUUUAAAAUUAACCCUUUCUUACUGUAUAUCUCUUCUUCAACUAAUCUGCCAACAUUUCUUCUUGCUCCGGGAUCCAUCCUAAAGAUCUUGUGUUGAUAGAACGAAAAAGUCAAAAGACGAUAAGAUGGUGAGAGGAAAGAUAGAGAUGAAGAAAAUAGAAAACGCGACGAGUAGACAAGUGACUUUCUCAAAAAGAAGAAAUGGUUUGUUGAAGAAAGCUUAUGAGCUCUCACAACUCUGUGAUGCUCAAAUCUCUCUCAUCAUCUUCUCUCAAAGAGGAAGACUUUACGAGUUCUCUAACUCAGACAUGAAGAAGACGAUCGAACGUUACCGCAAGUACACAAGAGAUCAUGAAACCAGUAGCCACAACUCAGAAAUUUACAUCCAGCAAUUGAAGCAAGAAGCAAGCCACCUGAUCACAAAGAUUGAACUCCUUGAGUUUCAGAAGCGGAAGCUAUUGGGUCAAGAACUUGCUUCUUGUUCUCUAGAAGAGCUUCAAGAAAUUGAUAGUCAACUCCAAAUAAGCUUGGGCAAGGUCCGAGCAAGAAAGGCUCGGCUGUUUAGGGAGCAGUUGGAGAAGCUAAAAGCAAAGGGGAAACAAUUGUUAGAAGAGAACGUCCAGUUACAUCAAAUGACUGUCAUGGAUCCAUGGAGAGUGUCGAUUGAUCAACAAGAGAAAUUCAGAGUUGUUGAUCUGAAUUUGGAAGUUCAAACUGAUUUAUACAUCGGCUUGCCAGAGAGACACUGCAAAUAAUUACUUUAUAUUUUAUGUUAACUUUAUCUGCAAAUAUAUGUUAAUUUACGUAACAUCAAAUCCUUAUAACUCUACAAUAAAUUUCGAGGUCAUGAUUUGUGAUAUUAUCUUAUGAUUGUAGUCCUUACAUAUUUAAUAAGAGAAUAAUACCUAUUCAAAUCAUUCAAUUAA